AACGGCCGCGCGCGCCGGAAACGGCCGCGGAGGCCUGUCAGCAGCGGCGGCGCCGCCCCGCGCUCGCGCGCCGCCCCGCGCGCAGGUGCGGGCGCCGCGCCCCCUGUCGCCUGCCGGCGCGCGCGGCCUGGCGGUGGCGGUGGCGGCGGCCGUCGGGCGGCGCAGUGCAGUGCGGCCGGGCCGGGCCGGGCGGCGCUGAUGUCACCGCCGUGCCGGGCGCUGCCGGGCCCCGCGGCCGCUGCGCGGGGGGCGGGGAGGCGGGAGGAGAGCCGCCGGGGCAUGCCGCCGCCGCGGCCGGGCACGGCGUGUGAUGCGCCCGGAGCCUGAGCGGCGGCGCGGGCGGUGCGUGCCUGCCGCGGGCCGCCGUCGGCGUGCGGCGGGAGCAUGUGGGUGAACCCCGAGGAGGUGCUGCUGGCCAACGCGCUGUGGGUCACGGAGCGGGCCAACCCCUACUUCAUCCUGCAGCGGAGGAAGGGGCACGGCGGCGAUGGAGGCGGCGGCGGGCUGGCCGGUCUCCUUGUGGGUACUCUUGACGUUGUGCUGGACUCCAGUGCGAGAGUGGCGCCAUAUCGAAUCCUCUACCAAGCACCAGACUCCUUGGUAUACUGGACUAUUGCCUGUGGUUGCUCAAGGAAGGAAAUCACUGAACAUUGGGAGUGGCUUGAACAGAAUUUGUUGCAAACUCUUUCAAUCUUUGAAAAUGAGAAUGACAUAAACACAUUUGUCAGAGGAAAAAUACAGGGCAUCAUCGCCGAGUACAACAAAAUCAAUGGCAUUAAGGAGGAUGAUGAUACAGAAAAAUUUAAGGAAGCCAUAGUGAAGUUUCACAAGCUGUUUGGGAUGCCAGAAGAAGAAAAAUUAGUGAAUUAUUACUCCUGCAGUUACUGGAAGGGGAAAGUUCCCCGUCAGGGCUGGAUGUAUCUCAGCAUUAAUCACCUUUGCUUUUAUUCUUUCCUUAUGGGAAGGGAAGCAAAGUUAGUUAUUCGCUGGGUUGAUAUCACUCAACUUGAGAAGAAUGCUACACUGCUCUUUCCUGAUAUGAUCAAAGUGAGCACAAGGUCAAGUGAACAUUUCUUCUCCGUGUUCCUCAAUAUCAGUGAGACAUUUAAAUUAAUGGAACAGCUUGCCAACAUAGCUAUGCGACAGCUCUUGGACAAUGAAGGAUUUGAACAAGACAGGUCAUUACCCAAACUGAAAAAGAAAUCUCCCAAAAAAGUAUCUGCCCUGAAACGGGAUCUUGAUGCCAGAGCAAAAAGCGAGAGAUACCGUGCAUUGUUCCGACUUCCCAAGGAUGAGAAAUUAGAUGGACACACAGACUGUACUCUGUGGACUCCAUUCAACAAAAUGCACAUUUUGGGUCAGAUGUUUGUUUCUACAAACUACAUUUGCUUUACUAGUAAGGAAGAGAACCUGUGCAGCCUUAUUAUCCCUCUUCGAGAGGUGACAAUAGUGGAAAAGGCAGACAGCUCCAGUGUGUUGCCCAGCCCAUUAUCCAUCAGCACUAAAAACAGAAUGACAUUCCUCUUUGCCAACUUGAAAGACAGAGACUUUCUUGUACAGAGGAUUUCAGAUUUUCUGCAACAAACCACUUCAAAAAUAUACUUGGAAAAAGAUAUUUCUGGAAGCUAUAUCAGCUCAGAUGAUGAGGUGUUUACAAGGCCAAAUAGCCUAAUUUCUGCCAGCCCUCAUAAAAGCCUCGGCUCUGAGUCUGAUGGAGAGCGACAGUUUAAUCUUAAUGGCAAUGGCAUUCCAACAGCAACUCAAGCUUUAAUGACGAUGUAUCGGCGGAGGUCACCUGAGGAGUUCAACCCCAAGCUGGCUAAAGAGUUUUUGAAGGAACAGGCCUGGAAGAUUCACUUUGCUGAAUAUGGCCAAGGAGUCUGUAUGUAUCGUACAGAAAAAACUAGAGACCUUGUGCUGAAGGGCAUUCCAGAAAGCAUGAGGGGGGAACUUUGGUUACUACUUUCAGGAGCCAUUAAUGAAAUGGCCACUCACCCUGGCUAUUAUGAGGACCUAGUGGAGAAAUCGAUGGGGAAGUAUAACCUUGCUACAGAAGAGAUAGAGAGGGAUCUGCAUCGCUCCCUCCCAGAACACCCUGCCUUCCAGAAUGAGAUGGGUAUUGCUGCUCUGAGGAGAGUGUUGACAGCUUACGCUUUUAGAAAUCCAAACAUAGGAUAUUGUCAGGCUAUGAAUAUUGUCACCUCAGUACUCCUCCUUUAUGCAAAAGAGGAGGAAGCUUUCUGGUUGCUGGUGGCAUUGUGUGAACGUAUGCUACCUGAUUACUACAACACAAGAGUUGUUGGAGCGCUGGUGGAUCAGGGUGUCUUUGAAGAGUUGGCUCGAGAUUAUAUUCCACAGCUUUAUGACUGCAUGCAGGACUUGGGUGUAAUAUCCACCAUUUCUCUGUCCUGGUUCCUCACUCUUUUCCUCAGUGUAAUGCCAUUUGAGAGUGCUGUUGUGGUUGUGGAUUGUUUCUUCUGUGAAGGAAUAAAGGUGAUAUUUCAGUUAGCACUCGCUGUCCUGGAUGCUAAUGUAGACAAGCUGCUUAACUGCAAGGACGAUGGAGAAGCCAUGACAGUCUUGGGAAGAUACUUGGACAGCGUAACUAACAAGGACAGCACUCUUCCACCCAUUCCUCACCUUCACUCACUGCUCAGCGAUGAUGUGGAGCCGUAUCCUGAGGUGGAUAUCUUCAGACUAAUCAGGUCUUCCUAUGAGAAAUUUGGAAGUAUCCGAGCAGAUUUGAUUGAACAAAUGAGAUUCAAACAAAGGCUGAAAGUGAUCCAAACCCUUGAAGAUACUACAAAGCGCAAUGUGGUGCGAACUAUUGUGACAGAGACUUCUUUUACUAUCGAUGAAUUGGAGGAACUAUAUGCUCUUUUCAAGGCAGAACAUCUGACUAGCUGCUACUGGGGAGGGAACAGCAAUGCUAUUGACCGGCAUGAUCCCAGCCUGCCCUAUCUGGAACAGUACCGUAUUGAUUUUGAGCAGUUCAAGGGGAUGUUUGCUCUCCUCUUUCCUUGGGCAUGUGGAACUCAUUCAGAUGUGUUAGCUGCACGCUUAUUCAGGCUUCUUGAUGAAAAUGGAGACUUGCUCAUCAACUUCCGUGAAUUUGUCUCUGGGCUAAGUGCAGCAUGCCACGGAGAUCUCACAGAGAAACUGAAGCUACUGUAUAAAAUGCAUGUUUUGCCUGAUCCAUCCCCUGAGCAAGAAGAGCCGGACUCUGCUUUUGAAGCCACUCAGUACUUUUUUGAAGACAUCACACCAGAAUGUACACACGUUGUUGGCCUAGACAGCAGGAACAAACAAGGAGCAGAUGAUGGUUUUGUUACAGUGAGUCUAAAAACAGACAAAGGCAAGAAGAACUCACAAGAGAAUCGAAACUACCUGAGAAUGUGGAGCCAAGAGAAUAAAUCCAAAGCAAAAAUCACAAAGGACUUGCCCAAACUGAAUCAGGGACAGUUCAUUGAACUGUGCAAAACAAUGUAUAAUAUGUUCAGUGAAGACCCCAAUGAACAAGAUCUGUACCAUGCCACUGCUGCUGUGACAAGCCUGCUUUUGGAGAUAGGUGAGGUUGGUAAGCUCUUCACCAUCCAGCCCACAAAAGAGACAGACAGCAGCAGUAACAACUGCAGCAAAGCUAUCCAGAACGAGCUAUUCCAGAAGAAGGAGAACCAGCAGUACCCCCUUGAGCAGCAAAAGCCGUUCCAAGGCAGCCUCGUUACCAGCGAUGAGGAGGCCAUUGGCACUGACAACGCGCUGGGCAUGCAGAUGGAAGAUAUUAAGCUCGAAGACUCCUCUCCCAGAGACAACGGAGCCUGUUCUUCCAUGCUCAUUUCCGACGAUGAUACAAAAGAUGACAGUUCCAUGUCCUCGUACUCAGUACUGAGUGCAGGUUCGCAUGAAGAAGAAAAGCUGCACUGCGAGGACAUAGGUGAAGACACCGUUUUGGUACGGAGCAACCACACCACUUCUCUUCGUAGAAGCACUAGCAUUGACAGAGACUGGGCCAUCACCUUUGAGCAGUUCCUAGCCUCCCUUUUGACUGAGCCAGCACUGGUGAAGUACUUUGACAAGCCUGUGUCCAUGAUGGCUAGGAUUACUAAUGCUAAGAAUGUAAGGAUGAUGGGUAAACCAAUAACAUCAGCUAGUGACUAUGAAAUCUCUACUAUGUCGGGAUGAAAGGCAGUCUUUUUUUAUUUAUUUUGUUUUAUUAUGUAUUUAUUAGUACCUGGCAUAGGCCCUGGUAUUUUCAAAAUGUGCUACUUUUCACUAAUGUGAAAACUUUGGGGUGCAAACUUAACUAUCUUGAAGUAUAAUCACUCUGUGGGAAAUGUUACAAGAAUGCAAAUUUUAUUCAAAAUACAGAAAAAAUAACAGUUGUCAGUGAAGUGUGUGUAUUAUUAACCUUGCUGUCAAUAUAAAAUGGUAAAGAUUAGUUCUCAAUUUUUAAAUGUGAACUUAAUGCAGAUAUUUGCGUGCAUUUUUAAAACAGACCUUUAUAGAGGUCUGAUUCUUGAAAAAAAAUUAAAUAGGAAGUACCUAAAAUUUAAAGGGACACUGUCAACCUGAAGAGGACCUCAGGUGAAAUUAAGUUCCAAGCAGCAUCUAUGAAGAAUAAGUUUUGUUUCAUACAACUUUUUCAAAGAGGAUAAUGGUUUUUAAUGUAUGCUUGUAUUUUAUUUCUUGAAUAUAUGAAAGAUCACUGCAAUGAUAUCUGCCUGGAUCCUAACUUCCUCUGCUUAAGAAAAGUACACUCAGUACUUUUCUUAAGUAAAAAGUGAGUACUUUUCUGAAGUAAAAAGUAAAAGUGAGAAGUCCAUUGCAAGCCUAGCUGGUACAUCAGGUAAAUGUGAUUAAACAUGACAAUUUCUACCCCAAGAAAAGGCAGAGCCCAUUUACCUCUCCUGGGGUUUGGCCAUCUCUGGCUAUGCUGAAGCCAGCAGAGAGAAAUCCCUUUCGUAGCUGCGACCACCAAGGGAAAAUCUCCACCGUGACCCUGCACAGAUCUGAAUUCCCAGGAAGUGGACUUAGCAGCUUUGCUGUUGUGCUCCAAAGACAGUGUAUGCAGGUAUGAAAACAGAUUGGUAGAGUCCCUUUUUAAAAAUCAAAAGAUGUUUUUAAAUAUAGAAAAUACUUAUAUAGCUGGAUCUACAGCCUAUAUAUCUUAGCUCUUAAAACUAAGCUUUACCACCAACCUAUUAUAUCCUUGUUAGAUUAAGAAAUUAAAAACUUGUAUUGCAUAAGUCUUCAUUUACAGCACUGUAAAGUAGAAGUAAUGAAAAAAUCUGCAAGAUAAUGUAACUGAAUGUUUAAGUCUUACUGAGAACACUGUCACUUUAUAUAAAAUGAAUAGUAUCCUGUAUCAACUUACUGAAUGAUAUGUUAAAAUGAAAACUGGAGCACCUGCACUUUGAAUCCUUGCUUCUUUUAUACAGAUAUUCAGGAUUAUUUUUUAUUUUGUUAGCUGUUUUAUAAUUCAUAUUUGUUCAGUUCAGGAUCAUGCCUACAUGCCUAAACUUUAUUUGCUGUUUUGAGAAUAUUUUCAGUAGAAUACUGCUGAUUUUUUUAUACUGCUGUACAUUGCAUCCAUGUAACUUGCAGACUUUUUUAGCAGAAGUUGCUGUUUAAUUCUUUUGUUUUAAAAGAACGCUUUUAAACUGUCAGAUGAAGUGGUUUUUAACCACAAAUAGGGUAAUGUGAACAAAUAAAAUACACUCUGCACA